CAAAAACAGAGUUCCGGCUUAUCCUGAACCAUCAAUGAACAACUACAUGGGGCCAAUCCACAGCGCGUCAGGCUUUUACAAGACGCCUGUCAGUAAAGGUCUGUUAGGAGUGUCCCUGCUGUCAUCCUUCCUCCUUAACUUCCCCCUCCAUAAUCACCGACAUCUGUUCCUCUACAGCCAGGCAGCCAUAUUAGAAAGACAUCAGUUUUGGAGAGUGUUUACUUCCAAGCUCGCAUUCCUGGACAUCAAGGACCUAUUUGUUUGUUCUGUACUUAUAUACUAUUUCCGAGUGUUUGAGCGUCGCUAUGGUUCCCGCAAAUUUGCUUCCCAUAUGUUGGCAACAUUUGUCAUAGGAACUGCGCUGGAAAUGAAUGCUGCCUUCUUCUUGAAAUGGCUGGGAUUCAAAAUUGAACUGUUGCCAUCAGGACCAAUGUGCAUGGUCUAUCCACUGUUUAUACCGUAUCAUUUUGACAUCCCACGAGUAGCACUUGGCCAUAUUCUGGGUGUACCUGUCACUGGCAAAUCCUUCCAGUACUUUCUAGGACUACAGUUGGCCAGUGGAUCAGCAGAGUCUGUCAUAGUUGCAGUUUGUGGUCUGUUUUGUGGUAUCUUAUGGAGAAACAAUUUUCUGAAAUUACAAACAGCACUGACGAUACCUAAGUUUGUAGCUAGUGUAAGUCAUAGUAUUCUAGGACGGAUACUGGAGUCAAAAGUCCCUCCGGGGGAUACAACUCCCAUGGGAGCGACACUAGAACUUCAACGACAGGAGCAGAUGGAAAAUCUAGAACAACAGAUGAUUUGGCAGGCUGUUCAGCAACAACAACAAGGCCAAAAUCCCAACGUGGCUCAGAAUUUGGUAAAUGGUCCAGGACUGUUUGGAAACCAAAUAGAUAUUGGAGGAUUACGCAACAGAUUAAACAUAGGGGGAGACAAUCCACCAGGACAAGCAGAGCCAAUCUCAGAGGAAAAUGUUCAGCACUUACUUGAUAUGGGAUUUGGUGCCGACAGGGUUCGGGAAGCAUUACAAGCAUCCAACAACAAUGUCAGUGCUGCCACAAAUAUUCUGCUGCAAGAAUCCUAACGAAGGUUAAAAUUUUGCCAAAGUACAUUUGUCUCAUGUUGGGGAGACCUAGCUGCUCAUCAAGCUUUAUUUCUCAUGAUUCAUAAUUUGUUCCAAGGAUGAGUCGUGACUUCUCGGGAGAAUACGUAGCUGCUACUUCACUGAACUUGUAUCUUUGUAGUAACUCGAUUGUUUACCAAGCAUAAUUCUUUUUACACUGUUUACCUACAGUUUCCUGUAUAAGACUGGUUGUGUGUUACAAAUGUGAUUAAUAUAACUACAAGGUUCUGACCCAGCUGAAAGAAAAUUAUUGAGGCUUCAAAUUCCUGAGUUCUUUUAAAGUCUUGUUGGUCACCAAACAUAUAAUAGACUUAUCACAAGGAUACAGAGAUGACCUGUCCGACCACAUGGUUUUUCUCUGUGGUCUGUCUGUAUAGUGAGGCUCUUCAACCUGGCUAGAAGGACAGAUGUAUAUUUGUCUUAAUAGCAGUUGAUGCAAAAUUCAGUUUACAUUCAGAAAAAUAAACAUCACGCAUGAACAUAAAAAUUUCUGCAAUGACAUUUAACUAGUAUUUAUCUGUGAAGAAGAUCAAUAUAUGGUUUGUACAUGCUAUGUAUUCAUUCCCUUUAAGGUAAAAUUUAUUGAUAUUGAAGUGUAUGAAAUGAAAGUGAUCAUUAAAAGAUGUAGAUGUCUAUAUAUGAUAUGUACAUCUCAUUAAUUUUGAUAUGUAUUAACAGUUUUUAUAUAAUCAGUAUAUUUAAUAGCCAUAAGUAAUGUCAUAUUUCUUAUUUGGUCAUCUAACCUGACGGGUCAGGAUGACCUAUAGCCAUUGUUUUUGGUCCAUCAUCGUGCGCUGUGUAAACUUUUCACUUUUCAAGUUCCAUCCCUGGGAUUCAGUUUACCUUGAAUUACAAUGACAUGAUUCUCACCAAGUGUUGCUAUUUUUCAAGUUGGUCUCAAAUCUAAGAUGCUGUCCUUUUUGAAGAAAAAAAACCCAACAUAUUUUAAGCUUUUUCUCCAGUUCCACUGGUACUGAAAAUUGGUAGGAAUGUUGAGGAGGGGAAGCAAACAAAGUGUUGUUGUUGUUUUUUUGUUUCUUUUUAACUUGACAAAUGUAUGACAUGGCAGUCACAGUAGACAUUUUUUAACUUCUUUUCAAGUUCCUUUGGGAUUCAGCUCUGACACUCCUGAAAUGGUCUCAAGCAAGUGCUGUUAUUUUUCGAGGUGGUCCAAAAUCAAAGAUAGCCACCAUGGCUGCCAUCUUGAAAAACACACUUUUAACUUCUUCUCCAUUUCCACUGGUGCCAUUGAGCUGAAAAUUGUUGAGGAUGUUAAGGAAGAGAAGCUGAGAAAGUGUUGUUAUUCUUUUGUCUGGUUAGAACUUUGACACUGCAGCUACAGGGUCCAUUUUGUUAUUUGAUUGGGCAGUCAUGGUUUUCCUGAAUAACACAAAUUUUGAACUUUUUCUUAAGUUCCACCAGUGGGAUUUGGGUUGCUCCAAAGUCUAAGAUAGCUGCCAUGUCCACCUACUAAACCAUUUCAAAACAACAUUUUGAAAUUUUUCUCAAGUUAUACCUGUGGGAUUCAGCACUUAACUUCCGGAAAUGAUCCUACAUUUCAGUUCAGUCUGAAAUCCAAGAUGGCUGUUUGAAAUCACAUUUAAAACUUCUUCUCUAGUUCCACCAGUUGUUUUUAAUUGAAACUUGCCUGAAAUGAUGCCAAGAUGAUUUUGACCAAGUGUUGCUGUUUUUGGGUUUCUCAGUAAUCUAAGAUGGCUGCCAUGGCCAACAUUCUGUAUUGUACAAUCACAAUUUUCAUUACUACUUUUGAGUAUGCAUACUACAAUAGUAAUAGUAAGAGUCUAUUGAAGUCAGAUGGCCAUUUAGGCCCAUAAGCAUCUAGUUGGAAUAUGAAGUCGGUGAUUUUGUUAGGGAAAACAAAUUGAUAUCUGCUGGAUUAUAGAUAGUAAUUACUGAUGAAGACAUUGAUUAAUUAUGUUGCAUUUUCCUUACAUACAAACUUCUAAAAUAAAACCGGACAAAAAAGUAUGUCCAAAAUCCAUUGAAAAGGCUAACAAUAUUGAUCUCAUCGAUAUACUUUUGUAUCAAGCUUUCUGAUUGGUCAUUAGCCCACCAUCAUCAGAUAGUUUGCUGAUCAAAUUGCCCUGCUUCCGUGGUCCAUCAGUCUUCCGUCUGCCCUCUGUCUGUUGUCCAUCCAUCUGUAAACAUUCCUUGUUUUCGCCAUUUCUAAAAGAUUACUGGGGGGAUAUUCCUCAAACUUCAUGCUUAGGUUCCCCUUGGUCCCUAGUUGUGCCAAUUCAAUUUUUAUUUUUUGUUCAGAAAAACAAAAUGGCCAACAGUUGGCCAUCAAGGAUUUCAUUUGUGUUAUCAUAUCAUUAAAAGGAAAAGAAGGAAGAAGCUAGAUAAGUCUGACAUAGAACUAAUAAAGAUCAUUCAAUGGUGGGUGCCUUGAUCCUCCUGGGAUUUCUUGUUUUUAUACAGUGACUUAUUUUCCGUGUUUUCAUCAGUGUACAUGUUUAUCUGCAAAAGUGCUAUACAUGUAGGGAUUAUUUUACUAGUUUGAUAGUUUGCUAUUAUAUUUUAUGGCGGAAAUGUAAUUAUUUAAAAUAAAAAACGAAAAAACCAAUU